AUGAAUAGAGCAGUAAAUCAAAAGCCGCAAUCUAAAGAUGCUAAGCUUCAAAGCAAUAAGUCAACAGAGAAAAAGAAAAUUGCCAUCACUGUUGAUGAGGAAGAAUACGAAAAAUUCAAGAAAUGGCAAAAGAUGAAGAAUAGCAAUGACUCAGACUAUUCAGAUUCAUCAUAUUCAUAUUCAUCAGAUGAAGAAAAUACAUAUACUCAUCAUCUUUAUCCAAGGCCGACACUUCUUUUCCCAUUGGGUCCUUUGAGACGCCCUCCUUUCCCUUUUCACUUACAUCCAGAAUUUGGACCUGGAGUUCCACCUCAUCCAUGGAUACGUGGACCUCCUCCACCACAUGGUUUUCAUCAUCAUCGAUUCCCUCUUCCACCACCACGAUUCUGGCCUUAUAUUAUUGAAAAAGAAUGCCUCUAUGAAAACCUUAAAGGAAAUGAUUUUAAUCAAACAUACUCAAAAACGCACCAUCAUCAUCGCCAUGAAUUGAAUCAUCCACAAUAUCCUCAGGGAACUAUUCCAGACCUCAGUUCUAAGAAGCCAUCAGGAAAUUCCAGCCAACCAAUUUACCCUCCACCUCCAAACUAUAAUCAAGACAUCACUGGCCAGAGCCAAGGAUAUUUUGUUCCACCUCCACCAAAUAAUGGAGGAAUGUAUAUCUCUGAAUCAAAGGACUCUCCAGAUCCUGUUCAUUGGGCCUUAUUUACCAGUAACAAUCCAUAUUACAAUACAGCUUGCCCUCCAAACCCUGACGACAUGGACAUGAAAGAGACAAUGAACAAAAUUCAUGCUGCAAUUAAUACAGUUGCAGCUCGAAACAAUUCAAAAUAA